GCCAACUUAGCCAAGCGGCUGACCACUAUAUAAACAGCAAUCCGCAAUUCUGCCAACGCUAUCGUCUUCGUUUCAACUUACCAUGUCCUCUCCUCCACCGAAUCUUGAUUCAAGGCCUCUUCCGAGAGGCUGGGUCGCCCAAUAUAACUGGGACUACAAAGCAUGGUUUUAUGUGAAUGAGAUGGAACGACCUCCUCGAUCUUCUUGGGAACAUCCCCUUGGCCCACCACAAUAUACACCUCCCCCCGGACCUCCCGAUCGUGGUUUCAGCCGCUCUCCUUAUCAAGACGGCUACAACCAGGCUCCCGCUCCAGGCGGCUAUGCGCCAUCUUACGGUGGCUACGGAGAUGGGUAUGGCGGCAAUGCACCUGCUGGUGGGUAUGGCGGUUACCAGGGCUACCCACCUGCGGAAAACACUGGCAGAGGCUUCUUUGGCAGGAAUUCUUCUCAGCCACAACAGCCUGUUUAUGCGCAGCAGGCUCCUCCCCGGAAGAGCGGGCCGGGGAUGGGCACUGCUCUGCUGGCCGGCGGUGCAGGUCUAGUAGGCGGUGCUCUCCUCAUGGACGCCUUCGAGGACCAUGAAGAUCGUGACAGAGAGCAAGCCUAUGACCAAGGUAAGUGUCUCGCUGCUGGUGUAUCCCGAACAUAGCUAAACAUUUAGCAGGGUACAACAAUGGUUACGACAAUGGCAACAAUUGCGACAAUGGUUAUGACAAUGGCGGUGAUUUCGGUGGUGGUGAUUUCGGAGGAGGAGGCUGGUAAACGACAUACUUGGUUAGGUAACGCAAAUGCAUGAUGUAGGUUCUUGAUGCCUAAUAGUGCGGUGGAUUUGUGUUUGUGUAUAGUACUUUGAAGCUUGGAUUUGCGCAAUGGGAGUCCCUUGUGACGCCAUAUGGGCGCCAUCGUACAGGUUACAUAUUGACCUAUUAUAUGCUUAGCUGAUGGAUCUAUUCCUUCUGUAGUCACAAGUAGUACUGUGAAGUGCCAGUGACUCCUGUUCACGGAGUUGAGAAAUUGUUAUAUAUAUAUAUGGUACCGGGCAAUUAUAGCAAGAAGGAACGACUAUUAAUAUU